ACAACAGUAGAGAUGUAUCGAGCACGCGCUCGGCUGUAAGAAAACAAUAUUUGUGCUAAAAUGGGAGUUUCAGAUGGAAGCUCGUUGGUGCAAAUGUGCAUCGUGAAAGUUGCUCAAAACAUUGAUCUAUUAGAAAGAAAGGUUUUGAAUCUGCCUGUCUCUCUCCUGAAAGACUUACUGCCACAUCUAAACAUUUACUAUCUGGACAGGAUUGAAACUGCUGCUGCCACUAAAGGAAUCUCCACCUCUGUAAUUUGGGCAACAAUAUGGAGAGAUCUGGAUCAGACGUGGCGCUGGAGAUCGAAGUCAGCGCCGCUCACUCAGGACUGGAAGCAGCGAUGCUUGGAAAGGCUCUUUCACAUGGUCAUGUUCACCCAAGUCAGUCGAGGAGGAGCGUACCUUUCCAACCUCAGCGAUUCCUCCAUCCUCUCCAUGACCGUGAAGCACGUCAGAGUCCUCUCUCUAAACACCUCAACCAAAAACAUCUGCAGGCUCGCAUCCGGUGCCCUGCGGCCCAUCCUGAGCACCCUUGAAACGGGCGUGACGUCCCUCAGAUUACUGGAUGCCAAUGCUCUAUUCAAACAGGGGCGGAAACACGUGCUGUUCAUCCUCCACCGGCUCCUGGACCACGGCUCUGUCAGAGAAGUGGUUCUGAGAAGAAACUCAGAUUCAUCUUUUCUGCGCUGGCUCAUGUCCAGGCACAGGGGUCCUCAGGGGUCAUCAGUGUCACCAGAGACGCCCCACGCUGAUGGCCAUUGUUCAGGAGAAGAUGAUGGAGAGCUGGAGGAACCCGCAGCCAAACGUCUCGCUUUAGACAUGGAGGAAAAUCCAGAGGUUUUGUGCCGCGAGUUUUCGUCCUUUAGCAGCCCUGCUGACCACUGCCCUGAAGGUCAGAUCCACUCGUUUGAUUUUGAAGUGUCCAAAUGUGAAAUCCUGACCACGGUGUCACACAUCCUGCCUACAUGGUUGUGUCUUCACACACUACAUCUUCAUCACAGCGACUGGCUCAUUCGUGAGGAGGAGAUGUCAGUGUUGGUGGAGUCUCUCAGACUCUUGUUCCUGAACCCCGGCUGCUCUCUCACAGAUCUCAGUAUAAGUCACGUUUGCGGUCACACACACUUGAUCAGCGUGCUGAGAGCGUGUCCGAGUCUCCUGAGCCUUUCUCUGGAGAUCUGCCCUCCUGCCGACGGAAACACACGUCACAGGCUCCAGACGCGCUUCACUCAGAGCAGACAGCUGUGCCUGGAGAAGCUGUCGCUCAAAUCCACUGGUCCGAUGACAGUCAAGUGUUUCCUUCCGGCGCUGACGUGGACUCCCAAACUCACCAGCCUUCAUCUCUCAGGAACACGCCUGUCCCCACGCUUCUUCCACACAGUAGCAGAAUCGAAUCCUUUACUCAAAGUAUUAAACCUGGAAGACGUAAACCUAGCUGACUAUCACCAGGAGAUCCUCCAUUUCCUGGAAUAUUCUGUGUUAGAAGAGCUGUCCUUGAAAGACUGUCGGCUGCUGGACAAGUGUACCGUAAAGAAGGACUUCCUGCUGCCGUUUGUAGAAGCGCUGAGAGGGGUCUCGUCCCUCCAGAGCCUGAUGCUGGCCCAGAACCGACUCGCAUCAGGUGUCAUCGAGAUAGCCAACUUAUUUUCAGGAUGCCGUCCCAGCAAAAUCACAACAUUAGACCUUAGCUCAAACUUCAUUCUUCCUGCUGAACUUCUGGAGUUUGCACAGCUGCUGGAAACAUGCAGACCAGUUCAGCGACUGACCCUAGACCUGCGCUUUAACCCACUGGAUCGUGACCCUGAGGUCAAAGGUCAAGCUCUGCGAAAGCUCAUCCCGUACUGUAACAUGUUAACGGACGACUGGGACUCCAGGUCCACCAUGGCGGAUCACAUCAGUGUGAUGUGACAAACUCUUUAGCUGCCUUGUGAA